UGUGAACUACGAUUCCAACAAGACUUUGCCAAGCCCCACCUGUAUGUGUGCAGCCAUAUACCUGAUAGGGAGUAAUGUGAGAGGAGGAGAUUUGGGGAGGAGCCAUGGGUUGGAGCUGAGAAAGUUGGAGAGAGGAGAAAGUUGGAAGGAAUUAGGGGAGAGGCUAAAAAUAUUUCAGCUGAAUAAGUAGGAAAACAGGGUAAAUAUAACUGAUACAUCGAUUUGGAGAGAGAUCACAGUAAGUAUUAGGGAGGAGAGCAGAAAAGGGCAAUUUUAUGAAAUUGUAAACAUCAGAGCUGCGAGGAGAGAGAAAGAAGGAAAAAGAAAGAGGAGAAGAAUAGCCAGUAAUUGGGCUGCCGAGAGUGAGAGCCAGGGGUACGCCCAGUGAAUGGACUGAGGCUGCACGGGAGAGCUCCUACAGUGAGGACCAAACUAAUUGGUUGGCGGGACACCUUUCGCAAGAUGUCAGGAGAAAAGAUCAGACCCACGCAGUCUCUUCUCGACAUCAACUUUCAAUCCCUGGCCUCUCAGGAACUGGACCUGAAGCAGAUGGAGCUGGAUUCAGCCACUGCUAAACUGGAUGAGCUGAAGAGGGAUUUGGAAAACAGGAGGGAGCCGGUAAAGAACAGCAAUAAAGAGGGUUUGCAAGUUUCUUCCCAACAGACAUCCAGUGCCUCUCUUUCCCCUGCUCUGACACGCCGGGCCCAUUCCUCUCCCAGCUUUACUCCGCUCAUUGCAACACCUUCACUGAAGCCCCGCCUAUCAGAGUCCUCAAUGAGCACAGCAUCAUCACAUGCUAUUAGCUCUAGCGCUUCUGUUCCUUCCAUUUCCAUCAGUUCCACAGUUAUUACUUCCCCCUCUAUGGCCCGUAGGUCUAUCCCCACAGAGCGUGUAGAUCCCUAUCAUACUUUAAAUCCUCAGAUCCCUUUGGGCCGUCCCUCCUCACCUCGCCAUCAGUAUUAUGACCGUCCCCACACAUCUUCUACACGGCUGUCUUCCAGUCCAUAUGAUUAUGCCGUAGGACCCCGGAUACCUGCUCCUAGUCUUGAAGGACAUUCAGGAGGAAUGUAUUCAGACUGGGGUUCAUUACAAAGACGAGGCUACGAAGUCCCUCAUGGAUACACUUCCAGGUUCCCAGAUGAUGUCAGUUCUCCACGACGUCGGCAGCAGCAACGCAUCUGGAAUGAGUCUGAUCUAGAUGUGGCAUAUGACAAAAAACCACCGCAAGGAAGUAAGCGAGGAGCAGAUCAUGGUAUUCCUUCUAGUUUGCCCAUAGUGAAAGCCUGGAAGGAGAGUAGUCUGGACCCUGCAUCGAUAAGCAAGGGCGACUCCUCCUCUUCAACACUUCCUCGAGGCUACAAAUUCUCUACAGGAGCUGAGCCGGGUUUUCAAGGUGGGGAACCUGGAUGGAGGGCAGGGACUGGUUCACUUCCCCGAUCUAUUCAAGCCCAACAGCCAAUCUCCCGCAUUCAAGUUCCACCUCCAGAAGGCAGAGGACAGCCUCACCGACCUCUUCCUCUUUCUAUGAUCUGCCACCUGCAGAAUGCAUUUUGGGAGCACCAGACUCCACCCCUUUCAUAUGGCAUGUUUCCUGCACCAACAGUACCUACUGCAGUACCUACUACCGUACCUACUGCAGUUUCAAUGCCCCCUGUACCAUCUGUACCUUUACCAAUGGUCCCAGAGUGGGAGUUACCCGCAGUCACUCCAGUGCCUCCUCCCACAAAUGAAGAAGUUCCCCGUCCUCUCAGUCCCACUCGUCUUCAGCCAAAUCUGCCUCCCUCACUUGCUGAGGUGCAGAAAGUUCUGGAGGACAUACCUCGUCCUUUAAGAAGAAGAGGCUCCCAGGAACUCGCAGCACUAGCUUCACCCCUGCCCUCUCAUCGGCGCCAGUAUCAGCAGAUAAUGGGACGACUAUUUGGAAGGGCCACACCUAAACAAAGCUCUUCUCCUGAGCAACCAAAGGCUGAGGAUAAACUUCAGGGGUCUGCAGUUAAAUUUAGUAUUUCCCCUAAAGAACCAUCAUUGGAGGUAGAUUUGUGCAAUAAAAUAGAUCCAAUUCCUGAGGAAAUCAGGACAGAUGAGAAGAUUAUACCCGACGAUAAAUUGUGUGUUAUACUGGAGACGUCAGAUUCCCGGGUUGGUACAUCUGCCCCAGUGCCUGGAGAUGUGGAAUUUAAAGUACCAUUGGUUAUCGGUGGAAGCCAGAAUUUGGGACUUCGUUCAGCACUGAAAGGUCGAGGUUCACCGCAUAGGCAGCGCCCCCCUCGUGCCAGACUUGACCCCCUUAUUUUACUUCUGGAUGCAGCACUCACAGGAGAAAUGGAUGUGGUGAACCAGGCUCUUAAAGAGGUAAAUGACCCAAGCCAACCAAAUGAAGAGGGAAUAACUGCUCUCCACAAUGCUAUAUGUGGAGCCAACGAUAAUAUUGUCAACCUGCUUGUUAGCAAUGGAGCCAAUGUAAAUGCUGAAGACAGUCAUGGAUGGACCCCCCUUCACUGUGCUGCCUCUUGCAAUGACCUUGAGAUAUGCUUACUUUUGGUACGACAUGGUGCAGCCAUUUUUGCAACCACACACAGUGAUGGAAGCCUUGCUGUGGAGAAAUGUGAUCCUUAUAGAGAACGGUACCAAGAGUGUAUCAAUUACCUUACUGAUGUAGGACAAUGCAUGGGAGAAGCACAGAGUGGAGUGGUCUAUGCUUUGUGGGAUUACAGUGCAGAAUUUGCUGAUGAGCUUUCAUUAAAGGAAGGGGACACCGUUACUGUCCUAAGGAAAGAUGGAGAGGGUGGAUCUUGGUGGUGGGCUUCUCUUUGUGGUCGGGAAGGCUACGUUCCUCGCAAUUACUUUGGGCUGUACCCAAGAGUUCGCUCUACACGUAGUCCCAAGUGAUGUUACAAGAAUACAGUGAAUAGUGAACCAACCUGAUGUCAUUUGCACUCAUCAGUUGCCCAUUUUGUAUUUUUGUGCAUACAGCAAACUAAUGCAUUGUCUCAUGUAUGCUUCUGUAUGGAAUGUAUGUUUUUUUAACCAAAUCCAGUGAGUGACUCGGUGUAUGUCAUUUGGUACACUACGUAUGUUUGAUAGUAUUAUGUGAAUUACAGGUAGCUGUUGUACGGAAGAGAUGCACAUUUUGUAUAGCAAUGUAUUAGCUGUGCGAAUUGUGGUAAUGUUUAGCUUUUUUUUCUUUGUCUUUGUAUGAACAUUAUUUUAUAAUAAAAUAAUAAUUAAAAUCAAA